UCGCCGAGGGUUUUGGCAGAAAUGCGACGAGCAGCGGCAACGUUGGUGUGUGGCGAUGCAUCGCUGCUGGUGGCCAGUCGCCGCUGUGGCUUCAAUCGCCGGUGCCAAUGCGUCGCCUCGCCUGGUGCGCUCUUGUGGCGGUCGCGGUCGUGGAUGACGGGAUGUCCGGGCACAAGCGUGAGAAGGACAGCACGCAGCCCCGUUGCCGGUGGUGCCGUGCCCCCGUCGUCUGCGACCCGUGAUGAGGAGGAGGAGGAGGAGGAGGAGAGCGACGCGGAAGAAUGGUCGGAUGGAUCAGAGUCAGGCGAUGAGAGCCAAGAUGACGGAUUUGGAGGGUUUGACGGCGGGGAGAAAGAAGCGGAGGUGGGGGAUGGUGAGGAUGGAGGCGGAGUGGUGCUCGGGGGCGCUCCCUGGGGUGCAAGGGCCUUGGAGAUUGCCCGGAGGAUGCUGACGCCGGAGCUUGCUCUCUACGGCUUCAAAGUGUGCUCCACGGGCUUCAUACAGGUGCGGCUGGACAAACUCACCGACAGGUUUGGCUCUCCAACCAUUGAGGAGGUGGAGAAGUUCAACACGGAGUAUGGGGCGCUUAUCGAGGAGGCUGGACGCGCUGGCCUUGUCCCUGCUAACGUUGCUAUAGAGGUGUCGAGCCCUGGUGCGGAGCGUGUCAUCCAGAUCCCUGCGGAGCUAGAGCGGUUCAAGGAGCUGCCAAUGCAGGUGGUCUACUACGCGGAUGGCUCAGUGGAGCAGCAGCAAAUCUUGGUGCUGGAGUCGUUUGACAGGGAAUCGCUGACGAGCGUCUGGAAGCUGGCCAAUGUGCGGGUCAACAGGGAAGCUCGGGGCAAGGGCAGGGUGCUCAACAGGAGGCAGAGGGAAUGGAGGCUGGAGUUGGCGGUGGCGUCGAUAAAGUUGGUGCGCCUACAUGUGGAUGUCUUGGCAGAGGAAUGAAAUCUUUUGUUUCUGUUUA